AUGGAAGGCGAAGAUGUGGCCAAAGUCAGCAUCAGCGCACGCGCGACAAGAGCAAGUGCCAGAGCAAAAGCAGCACCCAAGACCAGUGUGAAGCGCUGCGCUGAGAGCGAGCCUGAAGUCGAAGACGGUGAUGACGACGAACUGGCCUUGCGAGCGCCGUCCGCGAAACGACGCGCGGUGUCCAGUAAGGUGGUUGUCGAAAUCCCUGUGAGAGCGACUAAAGGCAAAGCAAAAGCCAAGUGUGAUGCAAUUGAACCAGCAAUGCCUUCGAAGAGUAAGGGCAAAGCCAAGGCCAAGGCGGUGGAAACGCCCCCUCCGUCGGACGACGAUGAAGAAGAACUCAUGUCCGACGACGAAAAUGACCCUAUGGACGUCGACGAGUCUGAUUUGAGUGGUUCUGAGUUCGAACCGGAUGACAGCGAGCAGGACGAAGCAAUCAUGCUCGGCGCUGCUGUACGCCUUUCUCUUCAGACUUUGUCCCAGAAUGGUGCUUCAUCGUCGUCCAAUCGUAUAAACGGCGCCGACCCUGCUGCCGUAUUGCGAGCUGCUGCUGCCGAACGCCGUCUCGCGAGGAACAGCAAGUUCGAUGUGGACGACUUCGUGGAUUACGGCAGUGACGAUCUCGACGCAUCAUCUUCUGAGGAUGAACCUCUCUCGAAAGGCAAAGUUAAGGUGUCGAGCUCGGUCAAGAAGUCAAUGACUAUCUCCGAAUUGAAUCGUGCUCGAAGACAAGGGCGCAAGACCUUUUUGGCCGCGCGGAAGGAGAACAAAAAGGAAGGGAGGGCGUUGAUGCUGAAGCUGGGCAGGAGCUUGACCCAUGCGGAAAAAACGACUGUGGCCUUGCACCGUAAUCAUCCGGAGCUCAGAGAUGUGUGGGGCGACUUGGAGAAAGAUAUACCAAUUGCGGAGCCGAAGAAAGCUGAGCAACCCAAGAAUCUCAAAGUAACUUUGCUACCUUUCCAACAAGAAAGUUUGUAUUGGAUGAGGAAUCAAGAAAAAGGCAUCUGGCAUGGUGGCAUGCUUGCGGACGAGAUGGGAAUGGGCAAGACCAUCCAAAUUAUCUCGUUGUUCGUCAGCGAUGCUUGCCGACCUAAUCUCGUCAUUGCCCCGACAGUUGCCAUCAUGCAGUGGAGAAACGAACUCGAGGCUCACACUGAGGGUCUCAAAGUCCUUGUAUGGCAUGGAUCCUCUCGGGAAUCUGACGUCGAGGCGUUGAAGAAAUACGAUGUUGUGUUGACGACAUAUGCAGUGUUGGAGAGCUGCUUCCGCAAACAGCAAAGUGGGUUCAAACGCAAAGGAAUGAUUGUCAAGGAGAAAUCUCCAAUUCACCAGAUUGAAUGGAAACGAAUUGUCUUGGAUGAGGCUCACAAUAUCAAGGAGCGCUCAACUAACACUGCCAAAGCGGCCUUCGAGCUCAAGGCUAAAUAUCGGUGGUGCCUCUCUGGCACCCCUUUGCAGAACCGUGUCGGAGAGCUGUACAGUCUUAUCCGAUUCUUGGGCGGAGACCCAUUCUCGUACUACUUUUGCAAACUUUGCGAUUGCAAGUCCUUGCAUUGGAUUUUCAGUGAUAAGAAAUCCUGCGAUGACUGCGGCCACAGCCCGAUGCAACAUACCUGCUUCUGGAACAAUGAGAUCCUUACACCCAUCCAGAAGAAUGCCAUGCAUGGGCCUGGCAAGGAUGCAUUCAAGAAGCUCAAGAUUCUGCUGGACAGGAUGAUGUUGCGCAGGACGAAACUGCAAAAGGCGGACGAUCUCGGUCUGCCUCCUCGAACUGUUAUCGUCCGACGCGACUACUUCAGCCCGGAGGAGAAAGAGCUCUACUUAUCGCUUUUCUCUGACGCGAAGCGUCAGUUCAACACCUAUCUAGACCAUGGCACUAUCUUGAAUAACUACUCAAACAUCUUUAGUUUGCUGACUCGUAUGAGGCAAAUGGCCUGCCAUCCCGACCUCGUCCUUCGUAGCAAGUCGAACACCAACAAGUUCCUUCCUGACGACGCGGGCGAAGCUACAGUUUGUCGCAUCUGUAACGAGAUCGCAGAGGACGCGAUCCAAUCGAAGUGCCGACAUAUCUUCGAUCGAGAGUGCAUCAAGCAGUACCUGGAAUCUUCAUUCGAAACCAACCCUGAUUGUCCCGUGUGCCAUGUUCCACUGACCAUAGACCUCGAAGCACCUGCUCUCGAGAACGAAGAGAGCGUUCAGAGCACGCGCCAAGGCAUCCUUGGGCGUCUCAACUUGGACAACUGGCGUUCUUCUUCAAAGAUAGAGGCGUUGGUCGAGGAGCUCAGCAACUUGAGACUCCAGGAUGCGACUACGAAGAGCAUCGUUUUCAGCCAGUUCGUCAACUUCUUGGACUUGAUCGCCUUUAGGUUGCAGCGAGCUGGGUUUACUAUUUGUAGGCUGGAAGGAACGAUGUCACCUCAAGCUCGAGACGCUACUAUUAAGCACUUCAUGAACAACGUGGACGUGACUGUCUUUCUCGUUAGUCUGAAGGCAGGCGGAGUAGCCCUCAAUUUGACCGAGGCCUCUCGUGUGUAUCUUAUGGAUAGUUGGUGGAACCCUGCUGUUGAAUAUCAGGCCAUGGACCGAAUCCACCGGCUUGGUCAACGAAGACCGGUGCAAGCCAUCAAGCUUGUUGUCGAAGACAGCAUAGAAAGUCGUAUCGUACAGCUUCAAGAAAAGAAGAGUGCCAUGGUUGAUGCGACGCUCUCAACCGACGAUUCUGCCAUGGGCAGACUUACACCGGAGGAUCUUGGCUUCCUGUUCAGAAUGGGUCUCCGUGGAGCGAUCUGGUAUAGAAUCUUCUUUCCUGUGCUUCCUGAUCGAGGACAAGGUGCCGAGUCGGGGAAUUUGCAAUUCGACGGAGAAGUGUCGCAAAAAGGCAUGUCUGGGCAGGAGAAAUUUGCCGGGCGCCUCUCGACCGUAUCCUCCUAUCCCUCGCACAACGUCCCCGUACACCCCUCAUCCUUGCUUCUUGACUUCACGAUGAUGGCCUCGAAGGAGUACACUUGGGAGGAAAUUGCUCAGCAUAACAAGGAAGGCGACGUCUGGGUCGCUAUUGACGCGAAGGUUUAUGACCUCUCGAAAUUUGCCAGCCUGCAUCCCGGAGGCGCGAACGUUAUCUGGGCUGAAUCCAUCGCUGGGAAGGAUGCUACUCAAGCUUUCUUUGGUCUUCAUCGACAUGAAGUCCUCCUGCGUCCGCAAUACAAGCGACUCCAAAUUGGCACCGUCCAAGGCCAGAGCGAAGUAAUCAGACCACCACCACCUGGGGCCACGAGCAAGGUGCCCUAUGGCGAGGCAUCAUGGCUCACCCAGGGCUACUUCAGCCCAUAUUAUUCGAAUAAUCAUAGGAAAUUCCAAAAAGCAAUCCGCGAAUUCAUGGAGACCGUCGUUAAACCCGAAUCAAUCAAGUGUGACGAGUCGGGCAAAAAGAUUUCGCAAGGGGUGGUUGACAAGAUGGCCGAGUUGAAUAUUAUCGCUAUGCGUCAAGGUCCUGGAAAGCACCUCGAGGGUCGAACGCUUAUGGGAGGUAUAGUGAAGCCCGAAGAGUUUGAUUAUUUCCACGAGGGUAUCGUUCAUAUGGAACUCGGUCGCGUUUGUAGCAGGGCUGUCAUUGACGGUGUCUUGGCUGGUCUCGUCAUCGGGCUUCCACCGGUGCUUAACUAUGGUUCACCAGAGUUGAAAGCUAGAGUUGUGGCUGAGACACUUUCGGGAAAGAAAUAUCUUGCACUUGCAAUCAGUGAAGCCUUUGCUGGAAGCGAUGUUGGUGGUUUGCAAACAAUUGCAGUCCGGGAUGGAGACUACUGGGUCGUUACUGGAACGAAGAAAUGGAUCACGAACGGAACUUUCGCGGAUUAUUUUACUACGGGGUGCAAAACAGAAAGCGGAUUUACGGUCAUCCUUAUUGAGCGAGGUCCUGGGGUAACGACGAAGCCCAUUAAGACCGCAUAUUCCUCGGUAGCAGGCACUGCGUUCGUCACCUUUGAUAAGGUGCGCGUGCCAGUAACCAACACGUUGGGCAAAAUUGGUGGUGGGAUGUCGGUCAUCCUUUCGAACUUCAACCACGAGAGAUGGAUGGUAACUGCUACCUCCAUUGCGGCACAGCGAUUGGCUGUCGAGGAGUGUAUGAAAUGGUCAACCCAGCGCGUUGUUUUCGGCAAACCUCUAAAUUCACAAGCUGUAAUCCGAGCCAAGCUUGCCAACAUGAUUUGUCGCAUAGAGUCCUGCCAAAACUGGUGGGAAUCGGUCACGCACCAGAUGAACAAUAUGAACUACGCACAGCAAUCGGAUAAGCUGGCGGGUCCUAUUGGACUUCUCAAACAAUUUGUUUCUCGUUCUGGUCGGGAGACAGCAGAAGACGCUACCCAGGUAUUUGGUGGCCGGGCGCUCACUGUCACCGGAAUGGGUAAAUUCAUAGAGAACUACCACCGAACGUCAGGCUUCGAUGCCAUUCUUGCCGGUGCUGAAGACGUGUUGGGAGACCUUGGUGUCCGCCAGGCCCUAAAGAAGAUGCCGCGCGAUGCUCGGUUGUAG